AAGCAGAGGCUUUGCAUUGCUUGGGCUGAAGUUGGCUUUGGUAAGACUCUGCUGGAAAGGGAAAGCUUGUAACUGCUGCAGAAUCAUGGUUAAAGCAAAGGUCUGGAUCCUGAGGAAGCAUUUCGAUGGAUUUCCAAAGGACAGUGACUUUGAAAUGAAAGAGGAGGAACUACCUGAGGUCAAGGAUGGAGAGGUCAUGCUGGAGACAAUCUUCCUCAGUCUUGAUGCAUAUAUGAGGGCUUUGAGCAAGGCACUAAUAAACGAAGGUGAUGUGCAGUUCGGGGGUCAGGUGGCCAAGGUGAUUCAGAGUAAGAAUCCAGCGUAUCCUGUGGGCUGUUACGUGCUGGCUCCAUGUGGGUGGAGGACGCACAGUGUGACCAAUGGAAACGGAUUAUUUGGCCAGAUCAUGACUCGUGUUCUUCCUGAUUGGCCCCAAGACAUUUCACUGUCAAUGUCCCUUGGUGCCCUAGGGAUGACUGGUCUGACGGCUCUGUACGGUGUGGAGGAGGUGCUGCAGGUGAAGCCGGGUGAGAUUGUGCUGGUGAGCGGAGCAGCAGGAGCCGUGGGCACCAUGGUGGGACAGAUCUGUAAGAUGAAGGGCUGUAAGGUGGUGGGAUCUGCAGGAAGUGAAGAAAAGGUGUCCUUUCUGAAAGAGGUGGGCUUUGACCACGUCUUUAACUACAGAACUGUAUCUUCCCUGGAUGAGGCACUGAAGGAGGCGUCACCCGAGGGAUACGACUGCUACUUUGAAAAUGUGGGAGGACCAUUCUUCACUGCAGCCCUGAAUCAGAUGAAGAUGGAGGGACGCAUUGCUGUGUGUGGAGCAAUCUCACUGUACAAUGACAACACGCCACAGAUGUGUCCAUACCCCCACAUGGCCCUGCUAACCCGCAGACUUAAAAUACAGGGCUUCCAAGCCAAUCAGUGGCCUGAAAAAGACGAGGCAUCAACCAGACGACUGGUCGCAUGGAUGAAGGAGGGUAAGAUAAAGGCGAAGGAAAAAAUCACUGAGGGCUUUGAGAACACCCCCGCCGCCUUCAUCCGCAUGCUGAAAGGGACAGACCUGGGAAAAGCUCUUGUUAAAGUGUAGUGUUUACAGGCAGAUAAAGCACACCUUGUACACUCUGUAACAGUUUAAUGUGCGGGUAAACUACUGUAUGAAUUUGUAUCUGUGAUUCACAUCUGAUUGAUAUGUUCACUGCUAUUGUUUAGACUCUUUUAAUCGAGCAUUUUGGAACUAGCACUGCUGAGGAGGAUGGCAGAAGGCAAUGAGGGGAAUUAUCUUUUUUAUAUAUUUUUUAGAACUGUUCAAUUGUCUUGUUGUUUUAGCAGAGUGAUUCUCAAACAUUUUAAAUCAUGUACCAUCUGUGAUCAAAUUAAACUGAUCAUCAAAAAACCUA